AUGGACAGUCUCAUGCACACCAGGAACUACUCAGAAGCAACAUUCAUGGGCCUCUCGAUGGAACUGCGCCUGUGCAUUUACGAACACCUAUGGACGAAACCACCCUUCCGCACAGACACGUUUUUCUCGAAGAGAGAUGCGCUCCCCGAGAACGCUUUGCAUCCCACGAACAACAUCCCUCAUCUGCCGAAUAGAACCGCUCUUCUGCGCGUCAAUAAGCAAAUUUUCAACGAAGGGAUGUCCACCCUUGGCCGCAACUCAGAACUUAGGAUGCGCGAAUGUAAAGCCGUAGGUCUGAACCUCUGUCGGAAUCCUGCCAAAGUUGUCACUUCGCCGUCUGAUCGAGGACGUCAGCUCUGCAAAUAUUGCUUGAAGCCUCACCACGUGCUUGGACCUCGACCACCAGCGUACGCUAUGCCAUACAUCACAAGACUCGCCAUCAAGAUUAUGGAGCCAGUCAUGGACUGUCACUGGCUUACCGCGAAAGAUCAGGAGUACCUCGCCAACGUCAAGCACGUCCGAGUAAGGUUUCCCACCUACGAGAAAUUCAGUAUAGAGAGACUUCGCCAUGAUCGCCUAUCCAUCAACAUGCCGCUGGAAAUACCAAGCCUGGUCAGUCUCACUGUCGAGAUCUCCGCACCGGCGUGCAACAUCCUGGUGUAUCAUGGACCUUGGAAUAGCAUCGUGUCUCAGGACGACAGGUGGGCCAUGCUGUCAUAUGCUCGGGGACUGCUGCUUAAGCACUGCAUGACCGUAACGGAGGAUCUGCGUGCACGCUUGGAGAAGGCGGGCAAGGAGAUUGAGCUUGAUGUAUAUGGGCUGGCGUUUGAAGAGACGCAGAGCGAGCUGGAGAAGCGAAUGAGAAGAGACAGACCAGCGAGGCGUGAUUAUGUACUGCGCUACAGAUAG